CUUGCGAAACAAUGCUAUGUUUCAUUGCCGAGGAGUAAACGGGUAAGACUAGGGCUCUCUCUUCCCCUUUUUACCCCCGCAGUCCACCUUCGAGUGAGCCUGGAAUGGACUACAGCAGUUCUCCAAGCAACUUGGACGCACUUUGCGAGAGUCAUAGGCAUUUUUAAAUCGUGUGAUCGCUUCCUUUAAACCCCUCCCUUUUCAAGUCAUCAGAAUGGCUGAAAAUGAGUCCGGAUCUUCCGGACCACUAAAGACAUUAUUCAUAUUAUUACUAUUGCUAUUAUAGCCCAAACUGCCUUUUUUUUCGGAAUAGGUCGCCUCUCCGAAAGGACAAUUUCUUAUCCUAACUUUCCUUGUUGCGGAUAAUGGAUGGCAGAGAUUUCGGAGCUCCACGAUCCGUCCACGUACCUCCCCCUUUGCUGGCGGGGCUCGCCGUGGAGCCUCACCGACUCGGGGCUGCAGGAGCAGCCGGGAGGAUCCCUCCUUCCUCCGGCCACUUGGCCGCGCCUCAUCCGCCGCCCCUCCACUCGGGAAAAUUCUUACCAUCGGCUAUUAACCUCCACGGACACCACAGUGAUGCCUUCCCUACGGGAUCCAAUCCCUUCCUGGCCGGAUAUCCAUGCCCCUCCCCCUUGACCGCCGACCCCGCAUACCGAUCGUCCAAUCCCGGUGGCUUGCCGAUGGCUCAGCUUUGGGCAUCACACGCUCACGAAGGCUACCCUCUUCCUGGCAGCCUGUACGCAAGUCCCUACCUAUCACUGGGGCACUUGGACCCUCCCUCAAUUCCACAAAAUCCCCUUUAUGACUCCCACAAAGAGAGCUUUUUCCUGCCGGCGGCUGUCAGCCAGGCGCCCCUCCGUCCUCCGUCGGCUCCUCAAAGCACACCGUCCAGCUCGACGCCGCCUCAGAAGGCGCCCCGAGAUGCGGGCCGGGAGAGGGCCUAUCGGGGGGAACGGGACCGAGACAGAGAGCGGUCACGAGAGGAGCUGCGACCGCACAGUGUGGUGGACCUCACGCUGGAUGGGAAGAGCGAGGAAGAUCGGCGGGGGCGCCCCGGGGAGAAGGAGCGAGAGAAAGAGAGGGAGAGGGACACCGAGCGAGACGGCUGGUCCCUCCGUCCCCACCACCACCACCAGAAAUCCAGCUCUCAGCCCUCCACGGGGGAGCCCAGUUCAAGGCCGUCACCUGCGCUCCCCUCCUUUCCUCCAGGGGGCGCCAUCAGCAGGCUCCUUGGACACGAAACGGACCGAGGGAGUCGGGAAGGGGAGCUCUGCCCGAGGGCCCACCAUCACUCGAACUCGAAUAACUCAAACUUGCCGGCGGCCUCUCACUCCGAACGACAAAGGAGGAACGACUCCACGCCAGCCGGAACGCGCCACUUCUCCUACGCCCUUCCUCCUUCGCUGCAGCCCUCCAUCACUGCCCUGCCCCUCCCCCACGCGCUCAGAGAAUGCACGAGAGAGCAUCGAGUCAUCGCGCCGACGUACGUGCCUUCUGUGGAGGUUUACGACGAGCGGGUCGGGCCCAUCCAGAUCGCAUCGCAGGCCCGCGACAAGCACGGCGACAAAUGCAGAGACAGAGAGCGAGAGAAUGAUAAAGAGCCGGAAAGGGAAAGCUACAGAGAGCGAGAGAAUGAUAAAGAGCCGGAAAGGGAAAGCUACAGGUUUCCUGAGAGGGGCCUGAUCGAACAUCCUCGACUUUCCCAGCCUGGCGACUCGAGCAAUCAUCGAGAGGAAGGUUCUGUCAUUUGUUCCAACGGUUCUGCUGGCAAACGAGGCCAGGAUUCUUCUCACUCUUCCAAUCAAUCGCGGUUUAGCCCCGAAGCCCGGGACAUGUCCAAACACUCAAGUCGUUUGGGCUUCGAGCGGGCCGGGGCGGACAAAAAUUGGAAUUCCAUCAGUCCUUUGAGCAGCUACGCCACCAAUCACAUGGCCGCCCUCGCGGCCCAACACGGACACGCGCUUUCUUCUCCGCACAGUCAGCCGUCGCACACGCCGAUUUCCCAUUCCCCGCACACGACCAACCGGCCCGCCGCUAACGCGCACAGGCAUUCCCCGCAAACGCACGCCACCGAGCACGGACAGAGCCGCGCGGGCGAGGAGGGGAGUCAGAGACUCUACUUGGACCCGUCGACCCUUUACCGACCGGGAGCGUCCGCCGGGGUGGAGAGAGCUUCCGCGCCCUCGGAGGUGUCGGCCAUGCAGAGCCUCAUUAAAUACAGCGGCAAUUUCGCCGCCGAGGGGCCCGCCGCCUCCUCCAGGCUCGCGGCGGACAACCGAGGGCCCUUCGGAGGUUUGGCCAGCAUCGGGAUGGUCGGCGAUCGAGAGCGGGAGAGAGACCGAGAGAGGUCGGUUGUGGGCUCAAGUGCUUCCGGGUCAUUGAGGGUGCCCCCCCAGCUGAAAAGGGAACAGGAUCGACCCGACAGCGCCCGCUCCUUCGGUCGAGAGAUUGAGGGCGAGGUGCGCCACCCUCCGGUUGGCAUCGCCGUCGCUGUGGCCCGCCAAAGAGAGAGCACCAGCAGUAAGCAGACCAGCGGAUCCUCAGACUCCCAGAGACCCCUGACAGCUAUUAAAGAUGAAGAACGAGGUGAAGAGCGCUCGCGUCAUCAUGAAGACCGAAUGCUCGCCGGCCGGUUGGAACGUGAUGACAAAAUGCUCAGAGACCCCAAAGAGCUGUCCGACUUCACCCAGUUGCACCCUCCGCUGCUUUCAAGCAGCUUGACGCCCAGUAUGAUGACAACCAGCCUCAUGACCCCCAACCUUAUGGUGACUGGAGGGGCGGGGCGAUGGCAUCCCGACCCAUCAACUCUGACCUCUCACCCCUGGCUGCCUCGCCCUGGCGCUCCUCCGGUUUGGCUCUCCAGCUCCCCAUACAGCUUGAGCUCUUCCUCCCUUCACCAGACGCUUCCCCCAGGCUACCCGCCGCCCCUACCAGGCUCCAUACCACCUCCGUACCAGUUUGUCAGAGACUCGCAGACUGGGAAGCUUAUAGUCAUCCCGACAGAACACUUGCCGCACUAUGGGGGAGACGUCUUGGAGCGCGGGAGCACCGUGUGGCCGGGGAUGUACGGUACGGGCACCUCCCUGCAGCACGCGGCCCAGCUCCAGCUGCUCUCCCAGCAGCAGAUGCUCCGGCAACAGGAGCUACUCAUGAUCCAGCAGCACACAGCGCAGGUUCUGGAGAUGCAGAGGAAUGCGCAGCUUGUCGAGCAUUUAAAGGCCAGCGAGCGCCGGGCAGAGACGGACGAUAAAGCGGACAAGCCGAACGCCGAAGCCAAACUCCGACCGCUGUCAAGAUCUUCCCCAUCUCCUCCCCCCGUGCUGCAGCCCCGCAGGGCGUCCCCGACGCCUCGCUCGCCGACCCCGUCGACGUCGUCCCUCACCCUGCUGCCGCUGCCGCUGCCGCUGCCACCCUCACCGGUGACCCACCUCAAGUCGGAAGAAGGGAGGCAGAGGGUGUCGUCUCACCCGCCGGCGCCGCUGCCGCACGCGCCCUCCCCGUGUUCGGCCUCGCCACCCCCGUCGUCGCCACGGCUGCCGAAAGACGAGUCUGUCGAUGACGGCCGGGUGGAAAGGGGGGAGCGGCAAGAUGGACGCAAGUCUGCUUUUCAAGGCAUCUAUUCGGAGCUCUCACCUGACUACGCCUACCAGUCGAUCAUGACUCCUUUUGGCGCGCCCGUCCCAACUUAUCAUGUGCCAGCGGCGCACACCAAAGCAAACCAAGAAGCUGUUGCACGGCGCCACUCGCACUCUUUGGACUUGAGUCCCUCCUUGCCCUCAGCGCACCUCCGCCAAAGGCCGUUGGAUGCCGACCAACUCAAACCACAACAACUGACGACAAAGACCGAGUCCUUCCCGAUACAGGAACCUGUUGCGGGAAAGCAUCGGUUCGACUCGACGCCACAACCGCUGAUUCCUCGCCGGCGUAGUUGCAGUCCCGUCGGAACGCCGCGGAACGGGCAGGACGAAGCGGGCCCGUUGAAGCUGCAGCCGAUAGCUCCGCAGGUCGCUCGUCCUGCGCCGCAGCGCGGCCCGAGAGUGGAUGAUGUCGGGCUGGAAGCAAAAGAAGAACAAAUCAAAACAGAGAUGCGGUCAUAUCAACGUCACGACGCGUAUUCUUCCCCACUGGACGGAAGCGAGCCUGAAGCGGCGGCGUACGAGGAUCCCGAGCGGAUGCGCUACGCCCCGUCCAUCGCGGCAGAUCCGGACGGUCAGGAAUCCGCUCAGCCAGGCGCAAGUUUUGAAUGCGAAUCCCAUCAAGCGACGACUCCAGAGCGACACACUCCGAGUCACAAGGAAAGCGUCGGCCAAAUCCCCGCCUCCUCCGAGUCGCCGCUCCCCGCGCUCGUCGGGUCCGAAGAUCCCAUGGCGGGGAUGCUCGCUCUGCUCGCAGCCAGCGAGAUGUCUCAGCCGCACCCCCUCGGCCAGACGGCGUCGACGCCCCCCCAUUUGGCAAUCGAGGGUUUGGACUACCUUCUGGAGGCAAGCAAACAGAUUCUGCUGGAGGCCAUCGAGGAACAGUCCCACGUUGAUCUGCCCAGAACGCUCCAUCCCAACAGAAAGUACAGCUGGACGCAGAGGAAGGAGGAGCCGCUUUAUAGUAAAAUGUCCAUGGACGCGUUGGAUGCGGCGGAGGUGGAAUACCGCAUUCGCUUGGCCGAGCUCCAGAAGACGUACAAGGAGAAACAGAGAGAGAUGAGCAAGCUGCAGAGACGCAGAGACAAGCACGAACGGCAGCAGCAGGAAGACGAGAGGCGGACUCUCGCUCGGCGGGGCAGAGGUCGACCUAGGAAGAGAAAACACUUGGCCACGCCUCUCAAAAUGGACAGCAGGCCCGCAAAGGUGGGUAGGUCACUGCAAUACUCGGAGGACUCUGAAACUGGGGAAGGACACAGAAAAAGGUUCCUGGUGUCCAGAGAAGACGAGGAAAGCGAGAUGGGGACUUUAGGGGUCAAGAUAAAAAAGAAGAAAAAGAGCAAGGGCUGGAAAGACCAGGACGCGUCCGGCGGCCACGUUCCCGAGGGGCUGAAGGUGAAACGCGGCCUCGUGUGCGAGCAGGAGCAGCUGGCCUCCGACCUGGACAGAGCCCUCUCGCUCUCGCGGCUGGACACCGCGGGCGCGUCUCGCAAACUAGCUUUGGGCUCGAAAGGAGAGCGGCCCAGGGGCAAGUCCGCCGACGGCCAGCCCAAGGAGCGAAAUAUCCACUCGGCGUCGAAAAGCGGACAAAAGGUGGCCGCAAAGGCUUCGGAGGUGGUACGGAAGGUGAAAGGUCAGAAGAAGAGUGCUUUUUUCUCCCCCAUGAGAUCGGAGCUCAGCAGCUGCUCUAACAACUCUGAUUCCGAGGGUCACAGUUCUGCAAAAGGGAGCUGGCCCUCUCUCUCAGGAACACGUCCCCACGGCAACCCGGCCCGGAAGAGGCACGCCGCCGCAUCGUCGCCGUCCUCCGCGCUGUCCGGCGCUCAGUCGCAAAAGAAGAAGAAGAAAAAGAAGAAACACAAGCACUUAUCCCUGCUGCUUGAGGAGGCGGGCCUGAGCUCCUCCGACGACUCGUUCGAUCAAGAAUCUUCAGAGGAUGAUUACGAAGACGAGUACGAGGAGGAUUCCGAUUCGGAAGACGGCGGCUGCGAGGAGAGCGGCCUGGGUCUGUUGGCCAGGUUUGCAGCGAGCGCUCUCCCGGUCAGCUCUGCCGCUUUGAGCCUCCUCCCCGACGGCAAACAUCACAGCCGGCCGAGCAUUCUGGGUUCAUCAGAGUGCGAGUGGUCUGACUCCGGUUCCGACUUGCGCUUGAGGAAGUUCCCCUCUCUGCUGCACGGCAAACGCUCCGCGCCGGAACUCCCCCUGCUGCCGCCGGCGACCCGCCGCAUCGAGCAGAGCAGCCCGAGCAAGCGCGACGAAACGCUGCCCGUCAAACGCAAGCCUCUACCGAUCAAACGGCGCCGACCGUCGCCUCGGCCUCAGCGGCGCUUCAGUUUCGAUCUGGCGACGGCUUCCGGCUUGGGAGGCUUCAGCGAGGACGAAGCCUGGAACCGGCGACGCAGCGAGAGGAUCUUCCUCCACGACGCCACCGCCUCCGCCAACCAAAUGUCAUCCGUGUCCGGCGCCAGUCAGAGCUCCUCCUCCAGCUUAGCCCCGCCUCUCACCCCAAAGCCCGUUUCCAGACCCAAGCAGCCCGCUUCCCACAGAGAUGCCAAAGAUGCCGUGAAAGUACGUCAAAGAAAGGACAACUGCAGGCUUCUCCCACCCCGAGUGCAUAUAGUGAGCCCGUCCUCCCUGGCUAGUCCAAUAAGAGACGGCGGCCCCGCGGCUCUGAGCCUCAGCCCGGCGCGGAAGAGCCAAUCGAAAGCAAAGACCAAGGCCCGGGAGCAGUCCAGGGGAGCAGUGAGCCGGCUGAUGGAGAGCAUGGCCGCUGAUGAAGACUUUGAGCCCAAUCAGGACAGCAGCUUCAGCGAAGACGAGCUCAUCCCGCCGUGCGGCAACAGUGCGCCCGAGAGGUCCUCGACACCCGCUCCAGUGCAGUGUGUGUUGGACAAAGACUCUUUGGCGGACGGGCUACGGGUUUUGAUCCCAAUGGAUGACCAGCUUCUCUACGCAGGGCACGUGCACACCGUGCACUCGCCCGAUAUAUACAGUGUGGUGGUGGAGGGCGAGAGAGGGAACCGGCCGCACAUCUACUGCUUGGAGCAACUGCUGCAGGAGGCUAUCAUUGAUGUGAAGCCUCCUUCGGUGCGCUAUCUCCCCGAGGGCACCCGCAUCGCUGCCUACUGGAGUCAGCAGUACCGCUGCCUUUAUCCUGGCACGGUUGUCAACGGAAGCUCAGACAUCGACGACGACGACGAUCUCAUCACGGUGGAGUUUGACGAUGGCGACACGGGACGCAUCCCCCUCUCUCACAUCCGACUUUUGCCUCCAGACUACAAGAUCCACUGCGCUGAGCCUUCCCCUGCACUCCUGGUGGCCAGUUGCUCUCGCAGGAGGGUGCGCAAAUGCAGCAAGGAGGGCAAAGAGGCCAAGGCCGAUGAAACGGCGCCAAAAGUCAAGGGCAAACCCGGUCGCAAGCCCAAACCCAAACCAGAAACCUCCUUGAACUCCGAUUGCAAGGAGAAAACAGAAUCUCCGUCGUCCAGCCAGCCUCCAGGCAAAUCCCAGGAUUUGACCAAAGUCGCCCAGGAGAGGAGUUUGUCGGUCCAGAAAGCAGUUCAGGAGAAGUCUCGGCCUGCCUCACGGCCCGCGAUGGGGGCGCAAGCAAAACCGGCUCACAAGAGCUCCAUCGCGUCCCCUUCGAGUAGUCCGACCUCCGCGGGACCCAGAAAGACCAGCUCGGCUCCGAUCCCAAAAUCGAAACCGAAAGCUAAGAUCUCUUCUUCAUCCUAUCCUUCCACCUACGGAAAGGUCCUGACUGUGGACCUGUACAGCGAGCCCAAUCUGACCUCAUACAACGGCCAGCGUAGAGAAAGAGAGAACAGCGCCAAUGUCGGGACAUCCAACAGGCCCGUGUCCAGACCCGGCAUGACCGCGAAGCCCAGGUCCGCCUCGACCUCCGCAUCCAAAAGCAAACCCGCCUCGGACCAUCACGGGAACUCCAGACCCCUCAGAUCCGUUCUCCUUCCCAGCCCAGUUCCGAGGCUGUCGGCGGGCAAAUCCAGCUCCUCUCUGGCGACCAGAACUUCAUCGGCACCGGCGACUCUCUCCGGACCCAAACCGAAGCUGUCGUCCGAGCGGUUGGCCUCCAGGCCCAACUCCAUCUCCAGGCCGAAGCCCGCCUCCAGACAGGGGGACGUCGUCAAGCGGAAGUCCGUGUCCGCCGAGCCCCUCGUGAAGCUUGACCACGAGGGCGUCACCUCGCCCAAAACGAAAAAGACCAAGGCUCUGAUGUUGCUGGAGGGGCAAAAUGGCAGACGGGAUCCCGCCCCCGUGGCCACAGCCGACCAGAAACUGCUCAAGUCCAAACCAAGAGCUCCGGAGUGCGAGUCUGGACUGCGGGACAAAGAGGCCACCCACAAUGCGCACGCGCUGGCUAAGGAGAGAGCGGAGAGCCGCGGUAGAGGACAGGAAGCAGACGCCAGGGGGGAGAAAGGCAAAAAAGAGGAGCAAAAGGAGCAGGACAGAAGGGAAGAGAGGAAGAUUAAGGAAGAGUCUCAAAGUAGCAGCAGCAGCAGCUCCGAGUCCGAAGCAGAAAGCGGGAAAGGGAGGAGGAAGCCAAAGAAGAAAUGCACCUCCAGCUGCUCUUCCUCCUCUUCAUCCUGCUCCGGCUCUUCCUCGUCUUCAUCGUCGUCCUCGUCUUCCUCCUCAUCCUCGUCGUCGACGGACGACUCCUCCUGCAGCUCCGACGAAGAGAGGACCCCCACUCCUCUUCCUCCGGGCCCCGCCUCUCCCUUGCCCGCAGCCCCGGACAAAGUGGAAGAGGAACGGCGAGAGGAAGAGCAGAACGCCAAGGAGGAGGCGGACGUCAAAAUGGAGGAAGACGAGGCGUCCCCUCGCUCCCGUUCGCCCUCGCCUUCGCUCUCAACCUCUCCGACUCCCGGCGCCGCGGCCAAAGCGGCCAAACCGGCCACCGGGAAGGGUUCCGGUCAAAGGGGCCGCCCUCCGAAACCGAAGCCCGGCGGAGGGGAAGGAAAAGUGGGGAGGCCAAAGCGGCGGGAGGGGGUGCACCUGCCCACCACCAAGGAGUUGGCCAAACGCCAACGGCUCCCCAGUGUGGAAAAUCGGCCCAAAAUUUCCGCCUUCCUUCCAGCCAGGCAGCUCUGGAAGUGGUUUGGGAAACCCACUCAGAGACGAGGAAUGAAAGGCAAGGCGAAGAAGCUUUUUUACAAGGCCAUCGUGCGCGGCCGGGAGAUGAUCCGCAUCGGCGACUGCGCCGUCUUCCUGUCGGCGGGGAGGCCCAACCUGCCCUUCAUCGGUCGUAUCCAGAGCAUGUGGGAGUCGUGGGGCAGCAACAUGGUGGUCAGGGUCAACUGGUUCUACCAUCCAGAGGAGACCAACCCCGGCAAGAAACUCACCGACAAGAAGAAUUGGGAACAAAUAUGUGGGCAGUCUCUACCGGCGGCUCUGCAUUCUUCUAUUCCGCGAAAAGACUUCAUGGAGCGCGCCCUGUACCAGUCGUCCCACAGCGACGAGAACGACGUGCAGACAAUCAGCCACAAAUGUCUGGUGGUCGGCGUGGAGGAGUACGAGCAGAUGACCCACACGCGUCGCUACGCCGAGAGCGAGGACCUCUACUACCUGGCCGGCACCUACGAGCCCACCACGGGCAUGAUCUUCAACACGGACGGCGUCCCGGUCAUCUGCUAAGCAAAAAAAAAACAAAACAAACCACACACACACACACACACACAAACUCGCCUGCUUGCGGGUUCGCUGGCACCUGGCGAGGAGACACGCGGACGGUCCACCGCAGAGACUAUUAAAAGGACCCGUCGACACAGCUCGUGCGCAAACCCUUUCGACUGACCUUGUACGAACACAGCCGUGUAAAUACUCAUGUAACAGGAAGCUCUAUCCAGGCAAAUAUGAGUGUUUGAUUUUUCACGUGAUAGCUCGAGAAGCUUUUAACGAAAUGUGAGCGACGACACAGGUUGUGAUUCUGGUGUUGCCGUGGUGAUGUUUCAGUCAAUGUCUCAAUAAGUCUUUUUCGAUGUAUCCGGAGAACAGCAGGAGCGACAGAUGCAAAAGGCGCGGAAAGCUCAAGAGGUGGAGACUCCCUUCCAAUUUGCUGUCCAAACAGAGAGCACUUAGAAGAAGAAUAAAAUCCAACACUCGGGCUCUUUUCACGCAACCCCCUCCUUAGCUCCCCCCUUGACAAUCGAAACUCCCUCCGACACUCAGGCUCAAGAGAGAGAAGGUAGACUCGUAGGACACUUGUUAAAAGCACUUGUCCCUUUUUCAUCCACCUGAUGAUCCAAAUCCACCCUGAAAUCCAGUUUGGAGGUGCAACAAAGAAUCCGAGCAAUAGAUUUUGUCCACAGUCGAUGAAACUGGGUCAGAUUGCACAAAUCUUCGGAGCUCAGGGUGGACUUUUUCGCAUAUUUUUUAUUUUUUUUCCUCCCGGCUUGUAAACACAUCGUCAACCUGUGUAUGUGUUCAAUGUAUGAAUGUAUUUUUUUUUCAUACAUUCAUCCUUUGCCGCUUUUUUUUUUAAGCACGUUUCGGUCUCUACGUGGUCACGAGUGCACUUUGAAUAACUUUUUGACAGAGGGUCUUGGUAUUUCUAACUGGGGUUUUUAAUCAUAGCCCCCUUGACUCUCUUUUCGUCACACAGGCAUCACACUUUCCCCCUCCCACUCCCCCCCCCGUGCCUAUUUUGACCAUUUUUAGGUUUCAAAUGUUGAAUGUCGUUCUGAAGACUAGCCUAGCCGGCGACUGUUUUCUCCCAGCCAGGGCUACCAAUGUUAAUGAGAAUGAUUUUUGCCAAAUCGUUAAGCUGACCCCGUCUCGGCGCCCUAUUGUGGGCACCAAACCGGAAACGGUUCUCUGCGUUUGGUGCUGAAUAGUUGUCCGGUUAAGAGCGGAUCCGAUUAAUCCGAAGCGCCAGUGCGCGCAGACACGAAAGUUUGUCUCGUUUUGCCAUUCGUGAGGUUUCAUUUUACGUUCAUCUUUGUUACGGUUCCGUUUUUUUUACCAAUGAAACAAGUCCUAAGUGGAGGUCCGCAUUUCUUAAAAAAACAAAAACACAAGAACGUUUGAUCAUAUGCUGCUAGUUCUAUUCAUAUUUGAGGUUUGACAAGGUACAGUGAGACUCAAGAAGCCAGACGACCCGCAUGAGGGUGUAGGUCACAAAAAAAAAAAAAAAAA